AUGAACACAGGCUUUGAUCCGGGAGAUAACCUUACUUUGACUUGCCUAACAGGGCAAAAAGGCCCCGUUGACGUAAUCGACUGGUACAAAGAUGGCCAGCUUCUCAACAGCAGUGGGCAUUCAAACUCCUCCUGUUGCGCAGAAAUAUCCUUGAUAAACAUUACCAAGGAGGAUGCAGGGAAGUAUGAAUGUGAAGUCAGGAAAAAUGACGAAUAUGACAAGGGUGUCUUCCAGCUUCAUUUAAACUGUAACUAAAUGCAACAUGUUCAAAAUACUUCAACAUUAAAGUAGUAGCUGCUUGUCUAGGCGCGAAGGAAAUGGACCAAGAACUGACUCUGAGAAACAAACAAAAAAAAAACCUUUCAAUUUAUAUUUAGGAAAGAAACAAAUAAACACUCUCUCUAAAGAGGUUAACCAUAAGGAUAAGGGUUAAAUGAAAAAAUUCAUUAUCCCAGUUUCUACUAUCUAAUCCAUCAGGCACCCAUUUCCAAAUCAAAAAAAUUAUUCAAGGGGGUAAGCUUCUCAAAAAUGUGAUUCUGCGUCGGUAGGGGUAAUACAAGAUUAUUUGGUUUUAUCAACUGUAAAAUGGCCAUCGUUUUCACGGUGACAUUUCAAGCCCCUCCUCAGAGCGAAUAUAGCAAUUGUAGGUUAUUUCUUGUCCCUAUAUCAAAAUGUUGACCCGGUUAUAGGUUAUUUGUCUAUAAAUUUAUCCUUUAAAUUUAUCUUUUAAAUCUAAUUUUGUUUUUUUCUGUCAUACGCGUACGUGUUAAGCUGCCCCCAGAAUACUACCGUUGAUAAAGCUAGUGGAAAUCGAAGAAGGGGAUGAGAGACGGAUCAUAUGCCAAGCUGAAGGAUGGCCAACACCCUCCAUCAAAUGGAAACGGGACACAGAAGAAAUUUCAGAGAGCGACGAUUUCAGUACAUGGAAAUAUCCGAAUAAAAACCAAGUGAUGUUAAGGAUUAAAUCAGCUAAAAGUCGUCACCAGGGGGAUUACACGUGUGAGGCUAUGAAUGCAUUUGGUAAAGCAAGCGAAACCGUAUCGGUCGUUAUUGAAGGUAAGUGUGACCGAUUGGAGAGCCAGCUGUAGAAGCGAUUUCUUGCUUGAAUUAUUGACCAAUUCAGUGACUGGCUGACUGACUGACAGCAUGACCCUCUGUCUGACUGACUGACCGACUGACUGACUGACUGACUGACUGACUGACUGACCGACCGACCAAAUAACCGACUGACCUACUAACCAACCCACCGACCGACUGACUGGCCGGCUGACAGACCGACCGACCAAUCGACUGACUGUCCAACCGACCUAGCGAAGGACGGACCGACCGAAGGACCAACAGACCGACUGACCGGCUGACGGACGGACGGACGGACUGAAUGAAUGGCUGAUUGAGUCCUGAGUGACGUGUUGGAGGACUUACUAACUGAAUCACUGAAUCUGCGAGUGGUGUCAUAGAGUGAAUAUUUACCGAGCUGCGCAGCUAGCCACCUCCACUUUGGUGAAUAGUUGUUACUUAUUGAUACUCUUUCCAUUUUCAAGGAAUUUUCACCGUCCAAAAGAGGAACUGCAAGCAUAUUUCGAAGUACCUAUUAAGGCUUUUGCACUCCAAAAAUCCUUUUUUUUUCUUUUUCAGAAUCAGAACCGCCGCGAGUCGGUCGAAACCCUGAGAUCAUAGCUCAUCCUCGCUACACGAUCGCCUCCAAAGGCUCAAAUGUCACUUUAAAGUGUGACGUCAUGUAUGUUCGCUCGUAUUUAGCUGAUUGGUAUUGGCUACUCAACGGCACGGAAUUUACACCGGGACGAGAACGGAGUCGUUAUAAAGAAGACACAUUUCAUUUCGACUACAACUUUACGAUGGUGCUUCACAUUCUAAAUGUUUCUGAAAGAGAUGAAGGGCUCUACGAAUGUCUAGUGUUUGGUUUAGUGGAAACCAAAAGUCCUUUCAUGACCUUGACAGUUGAUGAAAAAGGUAAGUCUGUCUUUAUAAUACUUUACAUUAUACAGCUGACUCCGCGAUGGAGCAAGGUAAAGCGAAUCCUCUAUUUUGAUGACAAACACAAGUGGGCAAGAAUGGGUCAUCUUGCCGCUUUAUUCGCAAAAGAGACGCCGGGACGUAAUGGUUGGUGCUCCAACUUCGAGGCCUGGGUGGGCAAUUUUCUUGUGCACUUGCUUCUCUGCGAUGCAAUUAGGCCGCGGUUAUUCGAAGGCCUUUUAUAACGCUAUCCACUGGAUCAGUCGUUAUCCGGUGGAUAGCACGGUACGUUUUGUUAACAUUUAUCCACUGGAUAGUUCUUUAUCUGUUAGAUAACGUUAUCCACCCUUUAAAUAACUGUGCCUAGGAGGAUAGAUAGGUACUGGUAUAAUAUAACAGUUCAUGCCCUCUUUUCCAGAUAACGUUCAAAACAUUUCGACCAAAUGGGAAACAAUGUAUGUGGCUCUCAACACCCAGGUACAACUCAAAUGCACAUCCAUGUACCAAGCUUUCAUUGAGGUGGGGACGUUUUGGAUGUUUCAAGGCGACAAAUUGAAUCAAUCAGAUCCACGCUACAAAACAUACACGCUCGGGAUUGCGGACAGCUCGGAGACCAAACGGAAAAGGGAGGAGAUGAUCCUGCUCAUUAGUAAUGUGUCUGAGUCUGAUUUUGGUAAUUACACUUGUGCAUUGAGUACUUCCCUUGGAAUAUCUACGGAGGAGAUUGUCCUUGUGGAAGCAAAACAAGAAAUUGGUACAGUAAAAGUCUCAUAAUUUUGAGAGUGUCGCGCAUAGUUGAUUAGGUCUCUAGUAUGGAAGGCCAUUGCGAGUGAGGUGUUCUAUAUUAACAUGCCUUUGCUGUGGAGCGGUUUCGUAGGCUACCCCCUCUCUAUCUUACUCCAGAAAACUCGCGCCACUCUGUUAACCAAUCAAAUCAAAACUAAAACCAAUCACAACUUGCUCACUCGCGUUUUCCCGCGCUUUAGACAAUUUGCUUGUUUUUAAUUUGGGUUUCGAUUGGCUCUGAGGUAUUUUCCUUUCUUCUGAUUGGAAUAAAAUCAAUCGAAAAGUGCUCUCAUGUUGAUAAGAUAAUAUCUCAUAUAAACUCGUCUUUAAUCCUGAAACAGUGACCGGCAAACUAAGCCUUUCGCUAUGCCCCUCUUUUUGAACUUAAUUAGUUUGAGCUGUGAUUUGAUAUUGAAUGCAAAGUUGAACUGCUUGCAUUUCGUAGGGUUUUCAUCAUCGGAUGACAGCUCUUCCCCCGUGUGGAUCAUCCUCUUCCCUGUUGUUGCUGGGGGAAUUCUCUUGACUUUGAUUACGUUGAUUCCUCUUCGCAAGAUGAUAAAGAAGAGGCAAGAGUGGAAACUGCAAGGUUUGACGUUAUAUCCUCAAUAGUUCAUAACUGAAAACUAAUCCCUAUUGACCACAGGCCAAUAAAGGAUCCGAAAUGGAAAUGUCCGAUGAAAACUAACAUCAUAAAUCACUAAUAUUGUGACUGAGGUAACGCCUUAUCUGUGCGCCUUCAACGAAAGGGCAUUUAGAAAUUUAUGAAUUUAGUUAGUACUGAAAGUAGUACUUUGUAACUUGUCUGAUAGAGAUCCUGUCUUUGUUAAUAUGGCUUACUUCAUAGGUUUAUGUUACUUAAGUAAAAUGUCAGCGUUCAUUAAAACACCACUUCAAGAGCAAAGUGUAUUUAGUAAUAUAAGAAGUAAGGUUUGUGUUUGAGCAAGUUACCGAGGGGUUUCAUGAAAGGGGAUUAUGUGCACUAAUGAAAUAGGUGUCCUUGGAAGAGUAUUAAUUUUCAUUCAGCUACUAUCAGUAGGCCGCUUCACAAAGCUCGAGUAAGGUACCGGCCCCAGAGUUAGUGAGUCUGAAGGGGGAACGCGUGCGCGAGGAAAGAGCGUGGAAAGAGUGCGCUUGAACUAAAGAAUAAAGAAAAAAGAAGCGAAUGGCAAAGGAAGUAAUUGAGAGUACGAGUAACGAGCGAGGUACGAGUAACGAGCGAGGUACGAGUAACGAGCGAGGUACGAGUAACGAGCGAGGUACGAGUAACGAGCGAGGUACGAGUGUGGAAAUGUACCGUGAGAAACAAACAAGGAAAGGAGUAAUGAAUGACGAAAGGUCAAAGUACAGUUAGGAGCGAAAGAAGAACGAGUUAGAAAAGAUUAGAAAUCGACACAGGCACAAACAAAGAAAGCCAAGUGAGAAAGAAAGAACGGAUGUAUAGAGCAGAAUGAACAAAACUCUACUAAAAGAAGAGAAAGUCAACGAAGGAUAGAGACACGGGUGGAGAAAGAGUCUUAACUCAGCAACUUCCGUGGUACGAGGAAUUAGCGAGCAGGGAUGAAGAAAUACCAGCAUACGAAAAAAGACUGACUUUGAUCUCAGUAUACAUUGGACAACAAGGUAAGAGGGAGAGUCAGAACGAUCGAGUGAGACCGAAAGGGAAAUGCGCGCGAUUGGAAUGAACAGAAAGAUAGGUAACAGUGUGUGGUGAGUGGAAAGGAGAAAUAGAGAAGGAGGCUCGAAAGAGCAGACUGAGGGGAAGUGAGGGAAAAAGUGAUACGCCAAUAGCCGCUUGUGAAAUUUUCAAUUGUGUCGAAAGGAAUCCGUGAUAAAAUUCCAGAAAACUCGCGCCAAUCUCUUAAUGAAUCAGACGUAAAACUAGAAACAAUCACGGCUUGGUCACCCGCGUUUUCCCGCGGUUGAGGCAGUUAAGUUAUUUCUCACUUUGAGAUCUCUAUGGCUUUUAAAUAUAUUCUUUUCUUCCGAUUGGUCGUUGUAGUUACUACGGCUGAGUUUAAAGACUCUCAACUGAAAAGCAUUCUAAAUUAUUGUCAACAGCUGUAUUUCCAAAGAAAUAGUGAGCGCUUAGUUGGCAUCAGUGUACCUAGUUUGUGGGGUUUUGUUACCAAUGGUUUCUUAAUGAGGGUUUGAAUACUCAAAUGUCUAAAAAUAAGUGAAGGGCAUCAAUGUACCGCGGAUCCACAAUCUUUCCAAGAAUUAGACUGCCGACUACAUUUGUUUUACAGGAAAAUCUUGUGACGGACAGUUCAAAUACGACGUUUUUGUGACAUUCAGCAACAAGGACCGUCAGUGGGUGGCGGACAAUAUAAUUCCCCUUCUGGAGGGGAACCAAAUUAAAUACUGCAUCCACAGUAGGGACUUUGAACUGGGGAGGCCUCUAACGGACAACAUGGCGGAGAGUGUCUACUCCAGCCGCAAUGUACUGGCGGUGAUGUCCAAGAACUACUUGGACAGCAAGUUCUGCAAGGGAGAACUCGAAAUGGCGCUGUAUCGAAGUAAAAUUGCUCAUGAAGGUUCCCUGUUGGUCGUUAGAAUUGACGGGAUAAGGAAAAAAAAGUUGCCCAAAGCAUUAAGGGAACAGACAUUUGUGGAUUAUCACAGUGAUAAGGACCGCGGCAGUUGGGAAAAGAAACUGCUACGAUUUCUUGUUGAAACUGAGCAAAAUCGAUACAUCACUAAACUUUGAGGCUAGAUUUUACUGUUUCGAUACCGCGCAGUCAUGAAGUUUUGAAAGUCGUUGAUUUCUAUAACAUUUAGCUACCAAACAACGCACUUUUCACGCAAAAUAAACACGCGCUGUAGUUUGUGUCAACAUGCGGCACUUAGCAGUUGAUUAGAGGAACGG